GCUUUCGGGACACCGGAUUCGAUCAGCUCAUCGCGGCAUCUGUUCUCGUUUUGGCAAAGUCGAAAGUGAUUCCGGUAGUGGUCUUGGAAGUGAUGUGCAAAUAGGACGAUGGAGAGUGAACGUCAGAGGAAACUCAGCGGGUCAAGCUCGGUCGGGGACUGCGACCUGGAGCCAGCCCUAGAGUUUGACGACUCCGAAUUCAAGACUCCAGGAUCACCCCUUGCCACCGAGGAGCUCUCUCUGGCAACGGACAACCUCUCGAUCGGGGAAACAGGAGGUGAUCUGGACAUGCCCGAUGAGAUGGCAAUCCGAGAUGAGGAUUAUGAGAUCGCUCUCCAACAAGAAAGCGAUUUUGAAGACAUCUCUCACCACGGUAUCGUGGAAGUAGCCGGUGUGGAUUUAUCAGGUCGCACAAUAAUCGUUGUCUCUGCCUGCCGACUGCCCCCAUCCGAUUCGAUUAGUCAUCCGAAGCUACUUCGGUACUUGCAGCACACAUUGGAUCAGUUCGUCGAAACGGACUAUGUUCUAGUAUACUUCCAUCAUGGCCUGAAUUCCAAAAACAAGCCAACCCUUUCGUGGUUAUGGACGGCUUUCCGAACGUUUGACCGGAAAUAUAAGAAAAACCUGAAAAAUAUGUACUUGGUGCAUCCCACGACGUUCAUUAAAGUUAUCUACCAAGUCUUCAAACCCUAUAUCUCGACCAAGUUCGGGAAGAAGAUUGUAUACGUGAAUCGGCUCUCGGAGCUGAAGACACAUCUGAGGCAUUUCGACCAGAUUCAGAUCCCGGAAGCAGUGGUUGAACACGAUCGCGAUCUCAAGGAGCGCGAGUCGAAAAGAUGGUUCAAGAUGCCGAGCAGUACGUCACUGGGGUCUCUGAGCAGUGCGGCGAAAUCCUACAGGGAGACCCAGCAGUUCAACGUCCCUCUUGACGUCCUCUGUCUGAGGAGUCCCAACGGUGUCCCAACCGUGCUGAAAACCUGCAUCCAAUAUCUCAACUGCGAAUCCGCUCUGGAGAGUGAGGGUCUAUUCAGACGGUCCGCGAACAGCACCACGCUCAAAGCAGUGCAGAGCCUCUUCGACGAAGGCAAGCCCGUGGAGCUUUCACAGUUCUCCGAUAGUUACCACUUGGCCGCCGCGACGCUCAAGUCCUUCCUCCGUAGUCUGCCGGAGCCUCUGUUGACCUUUGCCAAUUAUGGCGACGUGAUCACCUUCCAAGAACUCGAUACGGCCAAAAAACCUCUGAGAGCUCAACAAAUCUUGCAGCGACUGCCGCAAGAUAAUCUGAACGUGCUUUUAACUGUAUUUAAUUUCCUGGGGAAAGUAGUGCAACAGAGCGAUUUUAACAAAAUGAGUCCGUCGAACUUGGCUAUCGUUUUCGGACCGUCACUGCUUUGGUCGGAGCGUAGCGCUGCGACGCUCAAUUCAAUCCAACGAAUCAAUCAUUUCGUCGAGUUUCUUAUCAAGGUUGGCGUCGCCACGCUCGUGGAGAACUUUUCUUGA